AUUAUGCAUGGCUUUUCUUCUUUUCACUUUCUCUGGUUUCCAAAUUUUGUCUUGCAACGGCGAAAGUGUUUUGUUUUCGAUUCUUGUUCGGAAACGUUGAUGCUUUAGUUACUUCUUUUAGUUUUCUUUCAUAUGUUGGCGAUGUUUGGAGUAAUAUUCGAGCGUGUAUCUGAUUUUUCCUCUGCUACUGGUUUCUGCUGCGGCUUCUUUAGCUAUGUUUGAUUGGAACGACGAAGAGCUUACAAAUAUAAUAUGGGGUGAGGCUGGGGAGGGUGAUGACCAUAUUGUCCCAUAUCAAGAGGGAAUUAAAGAUUAUUGCAAUAAGAAGGAAUGGAGUCAAGAAGCGACAACCAUUAAGUCUUUGAAGAAUGCAGAUCCCAUGGGUACGGAAGUUUCUGAUAGUAUAGAAAAAAUUACCAAAAAUAACUCUACAACUGGUGCCAUGAAACCUGAACUUGAUAAAGAUCCUGAAAAUUUCCAAAAUUCCCAUGAAGAUAAAGACCAAGGGGAUUUUGACUACAGCUGGGCUAACAUUGGAAGCUUUGAUGAUCUUGACCGAAUUUUCAGCAAUGAUGACCCAAUGUUUAGCCGAGUAAAUUUGGGUAGUGGUGAUGAUUUAUGGCCUUCUCCUAAAGUUGUAACUGACAGCCCAGCAAAAUCUUUCCCCCUAGUAGCAGACUCUCCAAGUUUGGAGUUAGGAGCACUGAAGAAUUCAUCUGACCUAGUGGAAGUUAAAUCAGAAUUUGAGCUGGAAGAGGAUCAGUCAUUGACCCUUCGCCAUGGAAAAUUGAGUAAUCCUGUUGAAAGUCUGCAGAGUGCUCAUGCCAUCCUGGAUCAUGUAGAAUAUUGUGGUAGUAAAAGUAAGCUCAAAGUGAGGGAGCAGAGUGAUUUGGAUAUUGGGAAUAAUAUCAAUGCAUUAAACUCUUGCGUAGUUGCUGAAAAUGUUUCAAAUGUGGAUGGCUUUGCAAACAAGGGAUACAGGACAAAAUAUCUGUUGAAAAUUCAGAAAAAGUCAGAAGAAAAAAGAGGAGAGCUAUUGCAAGAUUUCUGUGGUAUCUGGUCUCCCACUGGUAACCCAACAGGUAAGUAUGAGAACCAAUUGGCUCAGUCAAUGCUACUUUCUUCUCCAUCAUUGGUCCCUAGUCAGCCAAGACAACUUAAAAAAUCUGAGACUUUGCAGUACCACCAAAUCUCCAAUUCAUUUGUCACUUCUAAAUAUGGGAACAUUACAAAUCCAUAUCCUGCCAUGCCUGUACUGCUGCACAUUCAGUCUGGUAAACUUACGCACCAACCCUUGCUUUCGUGUAAUGAAGUUUCACCAGGUAAAGCAAAAGUUGUUAAUAACUCAGCAGCUGCUUCAGCAAAUACUUUGGCUAUGACACCACAAGAAAAAAUUGAAAAAUUAAGGAGGCGGCAACAAAUGCAGGCGAUGCUUGCUAUUCAGAAACAACAGCAACAAAUCAGUCAUCAAGUUUCCUCUAUAGAUCAUUCCAUGUCUCAGAAGUUCCAAGAAAGCCAAUUCCAACAUGUUGAGGGAACAGACCUUGAAGUUGAACAUCUAAGCGUUCUUCCUUCUUUUGACCCUAAUUCACCAAUAGAGCAAGAUGACUCCAAUACAAUCUAUUUGGCAUUAGAUAACUAUUCGGUGGAGGAAACAGUGCUUUACCGCCUUCAGGAUGUUAUUUCUAAGUUGGAUGUCAGAAUAAGACUUUGUCUACGGGAUAGCUUGUUUCGGCUGGCACAAAGUGCAAUGCAGAGGCAUUAUGCUAGUGAUACAAGUAGUACCAACAAAAGUAGCAUGGAAAAGCCUGAAGUUGUUGCAAAAGCAGAAACUAAUAGCUCUACCAGGUAUCUUAGAAUGCCUGAUGCGGAAACAGAAACCAAUCCAAUUGACCGGGCUGUGGCUCGUUUGCUGUUUCAUAGGCCACUGGAGCAAUUAGGAAAACAUUCUGAGACUUCUGAAUCACCUAAAUUCCCUAGUGACCAUGGAACAAUGAAUUUAAUGAACUUGCCAAUGGGAAGUAAGCUAGAAAUUCCUAAUGUUACACAAAAAUUUUCUCACCAAGGAUCCAAAGAACCUUGUCCAGUGCUUGAGCCUCAGCUUAUUGAUCAGUUUAAAACCAGUCCUUGCUUCGACACUUCAGAAAAUGCAUCAAACUAUGAACCUGCAGAUAGUGGAGCUGCUGUGGUUGAAGCCUGUCAGUGAAGAGAAUAUUAUCACAAUUUCUAUGAGGCCAACUGGAGCUUCAUUAAGUAUGGUAUUGGAUGGAGUCUUAGAAGUUCGUCAGCAUUUUGAAUAUUAUAAGUGCUCGUUCGGAUUAAAGAUCAUGUGUCAUUGUGGAAAAUAUGGAAAUUGUCAUCGUAUGUUUGCUUAUGCAUGUUUCAAGUAAGUUUAAUUCAACAAAGCAUCUUAAUCUGAUGGUUGAACUGUAUCAUUAUCGCCAUACUGAAGGCGCUGUGUAAUUUGUUGUGCUGCUUGUGUGAAGGAUUCUGUCUUCUUAAAUAAGUUUUGUUGGAUCGAUAAUA